AUGAAAAUUCAUUCUUAUAAUCAGGACUGUGGGUUGAAUUCACCUCCACAUCCAAAACAAAUUAUUGGAUAUUUUCCUGCUUAUAAGUUUGAUAAUAAUAAUAAUGUAACAGCAUAUCAAAAUAUCAGCUUGUCAAUUACUCAUUUAUACUAUAUUGCGUUUGGUCCAACUGAUCUUCUUAAUGGUAAUGAGCCAUAUCAAGUGUUUCAGAACAAACUCUUAAUAUUUAAUCAAACGAAAGCUAAUUUUAAUGGAAACAUCUUAUUACCUGCUGAUGAUAAUUUAAUAAAGUUACCUCCGUUUGCUAAUGUUUUAAAAGGACAGUACAAUUCAAACGAUUCGGCUACCCAGAAUUUCAUAAGUGAUUUAGUUAAAAUUAUUAAUGAUUACUCAUUUUACGGAAUCGACAUUGAUUAUCCUAAUAAGCUUCCAUGUUUUCAAUUCAGUAAUACUAUAGAUUCUUUUUUCAUACCGUUUCUAACUGAUAUAUCAAACAAAUUAAAACAGUCUAAAACUAGUAAAAUUUUAACAGUUACGGCAGGUCAAUAUCCUAUAAGUGGAAUUAACUCUGAUAUAAUUAGUUUUGUAAAUAUUCAGGCAUUUCGUCUUAAUAUAAAUACCACACAUUUCAGUGCUGGAUUAGACGACAUUCAAACAAUUUUUGAUAAAUGGAGUAAAAAUAUCGAUAGAAAAAAACUCAUUUUAGGAAUCGAAUUGGGUGGCAUUAUUGAAGCUAUGAAUUUUUAUAGUAAUAAUGUUGUUAUGGACAUAUUUAAUCAAAACUUUACAAUUUCGCGUAAUCGAAGCAUUAACUUUCCAUUAAGUAUUGAUGAAAAUAUUAAAGAUCCAUGUGAUUUAUCACCAUAUGGACGUGUGUCAUGGAAUACUUUAAGUGCAUUCUUAUCAUCACCUUGUUAUAAAAACAUAAAUACAAAUUCACAACAGUGGAACUAUAGCUUUAAUAAUAAAUCUAAUCAACCAUAUAUUUACCAAACAGGAUCAAUUACCCAACAAUCCCCCACUCCAACACCAACUGAAACCAUUAUCUCACCAUUAACUUCUUUAGAUAAACGACAACGACAACCACUACUACCACAAACAUCACUACAAUCACCGCAACCAACACAAUCGCAACAACCACAACCGCAACAACCACAACCGCAACCAUCACAACAACCACAACCGCAACAACCACAACCGCAACCAUCACAACAAACACAAUCAUAUUACGUCGUCUUUUAUGAAGAUUUUCAAUCAUUAUCUGCCAAACUUGGCUUUAUGCAAAAAUAUGAUUUGGCAGGAAUUGCGAUUUCCGAUAUCACGAAAGAUUUACAAUUUGCGAACAUUAUUUUGGGAAAUAUAACACCAAGUACUUUUACACCACCAUCAUCUCAGUCUAAUGUAGGUGUAAUAAUAGGCAGUGUAAUAGGCACUUUCAUUUUUAUUAGCGCAUUGGUGGCUUCUGGCUUUAUAUUGUAUCGAAAACACAAAACCAAAAUGCCUGAUCUGCUCAUAGACACAAACAAACAGGCUUGUUCUGACACGAAUCACCAAAUUUACUCUGAUAUGAAUUGUCAGGUUCGCUCAGAUACAAAUAAUCAGAUUUAUUCGGAUACAAAUAAUAAGGUUUACUAA